AACAACCUCUAUUUUUAUUGCUUAUUGAAAACGAACCAUAAAUGAAGCGAUCUUUUGAAUUCACAAAAACAGCGCGAUUCAUCUUCUUCCCGCAUUCUGCGAUGGUAAACCGCCUAGCGACAACCAAAAAUUCAAAUUUGAAUCUCCACUCUAAUGGCUACGGCUACAGCUAUAUAUACCUCUGACACUUCCGCCUAUCUACGCCAAACUGCCAUCGCCAUUUUCUUACCAUAUCGCAUACAUCGAUCUCAGCCUAGCCUUUAUCAGCCAUGGAUUUCCGAAGUCUCACCAGGAGAGAACUCCAGUCUUUGUGCAAGAAGAAUAAAAUUCCGGCGAAUAGGUCCAAUGUUGCCAUGGCCGACGCUCUCAAAGCUCUAAAACUCGUUGAAGGUAUUGAAGAUUUUCUGAAACCAUUGGAAUCUGAAAGUGGAAUUUCCACGGUUGAGUCACCCCAGAAGUCAGAUAUAACCACACAAGAUGUUCCUCUCUCUUGUGGUAGGACACCAACGUGGCAGAAGGUAAAAAAUGGAUCUGAAAAUUCUGCCGUUCUCUACUCAAGAAGAAGAAUAAUUGCCAGAAAUGUAAAGGGUAGUACUGAUGAAGGAAAGGGUGGUGAUUUUCCCAAGACACCAAGUACUAUGCUGACUAAUCAAAAAGGGGAACUGAAAGAGAUGAACACUUCAGCUAGCCAAAUAUAUUCCAGCGUUCGCAGGUCAGCAAGGUUAGCUGCAAAAGGAGAGAAGGGACAAACCAAAAAUCACGAUCAAAUGUCAGAGACGGUUGUUUUUGAAGGAUCGGAAGUGAACUCCAAACAGUGCUUAGAUGAGCUUUUGGAUACGAAACAAUCGAAAGCAUCUAGGAAGUUGGAGGAAGAAGAAGAUGCAAAUGAUGACAAAGCUGUGAAGCUUCAGGACAUCUCAUUGGAUAUUGGGCCUGAAAGUUCUAAAUUCACAAAUAUAUUAGAUGUUGUAAAAGGUGUAUCUGCAGGCAAAGGAUCACAUUGUGAGGAAUGUUUGAACUUGAAAGGUUCAUCUCAUAAUGUUGAAUUAGGUUUGCAAGAUUCACCACAUGCCCUUUCUGUUGCUUUCAAUGCUAACAAAAUCUGUAAAAAAUGUGAAGCCAACACCACCUCUAAAGCAGUAUGCGACAGUGAAGGUUAUGAGGCCAUCAAUGAGCACUCUGACAGUGAACUUCAUGUUGCUGACCCUCUACAGUCUAAAGACUGCCAACAGCAGAUUGUUGAUUUAGAUGAUAAGUCCAAAACUGAAGAAAUAUGUGAUCCUGAGGAAGAUGGCGUUGUCCUACCGAAGCAGUUGGAUAAUGAUGAGAAUGAGAAAAAAGCUGAGGGAUCCUCUUGCACUGAGGAUAAAAAUGCAGCUGCUGAGGAAGACAACCUUGAAAUUGUAGAGGAAGGGUCACUAUUGGCUAAACUUACUAGCCACAAGGAUGAUGAAGCGGAGGCCAAAGAAACUUCUCGUGAUUCAGAUGAAUGUGUCACAAAAACAAUAUUUGAAGCUUCUUCAGAUGAAGAAACAACAUUGGAAGAGUUUCAAACAACGGAUGAGAAGGAUGAGAGCUCAGGGACGCUGGAGGAGUCUGAACAUGACACUGAGAGUUCAGAUGAGGAGGAUCCUUUGGAUGAAUUUCCAGGUGAUAAGAAUUAUGUGGUACAAAAUGAAGGGCUUCCCUGCUCUGAGGAUGAAGAAGCUAAAUUUGAGAUGAGUUGGGAAGGGGUAAAAGACUCAUUGGGUGAACGUGCAGUUAACAAUGAAAAUAAUAUAAAUAAGGAAGAGCUUCCAUGUCCUGAAGCUGAAGAAGUUAAAUUUGAUAUCAGUUGGGCAGGGGUAAAAGAGGCAUUAGAUGAAUUUGCAGGUGAUAAUUAUAUUCAUGUAAAAAACGAAGUGUUUCCGUGCUCUAACGAUGAAGAAGCUAAAAUUCAGAUCCAUCAAGGGAUUAAAGAGUCCAUAGAUGAAGGUGGUGCAGAAACUGAUGGAAGGUCUGAGAUUUUGCAGCUAGAUGUUAAUGCUCCAGAGACUAACAUGGAUGAUGCUGAUGCUAUUUUGGCUGAAAAACAAGUAAAAACACAAACUUCAAGAAUGGAUGAUGAUGUGGCAGCUUGUUAUGUCUUGACAGAAUCUUCUGCAACCCCUCAAGUUGAUUCUCAGUUGGCAUGACGACGAAGCCAGCCAAUAAAUGAUAAAAAAGUGAACAUUCCGGAAGAAAUCCGGUUUGAAUGAAAAAAUAAAGUGUUUCCAGCAUCCUUUUUGUUUUGAGAGUAAAAGGACAUAAAGUCCUUUUGUUAUGUUCUUUCCAGGUUGGAAUUAAUGUAAUAAGUUUUUUUUGCUAUUAUACCAUUACCGGGUGUCACCGUGCAAUGACAUUUAUAUAUAAUUCUGAAAAAUAAAACUGUGGUGUGUUUUCC